GGUCUGUAUCAUACGUGUUUUGCUUAUUUUUCCACCAAGCUGAUUACGCAUCAACAUUUAACAAAAUGAAGAAAUUUGUAUUGUUAGCACUGUUCCUCUUCGCCACAUCAUGGGCCGAAGAAUCUAAUGAAUCCAGUUCUUUGGAGAAAGAAGACUUCGAAGAAAUCGCAGAGUUCGCCAAGAACAAACUCAACACUACCAUCAUUUACGAUUUAAUGAAAUUGGUCAAAAAGACACAGGAAAAAUGCCCCGAUAUUGAGGAAAAAUUAGAACGCGCUGGUGAGGAAAUUGGAGAAUGUAUCGAGAAAAUUGAACUUGGAUCCGAAACAUUCUGCUCUCUGCUAAGAAAGAAUGGGGAGAGAUGCUCCAAAGCAGGUGUCGAAGCAAUCGCUAGCUGUUUGCCAGAGGAAUCCAAAGAGCUUCCGGCCAUGCUGUCAAAAAUUAUCUGGGUGAUUAUAGACCAGGCAUGUAAUUCCACCGUCGAAGAAAUAUUGGAAUUGUUCAACCCUUGUGUACUCAACGAAGAAGCAAGUAAGUCACCAGAAUGUACAGAAGUCAAGGACGCUUUAGCCAGCCACAAGGAUCAACUUCCUUCAAAGAGUUUCGUUUGUUCAAUGAUACCUAAAGUAAGAAGCUGUUCUAAAAAGUUCGAAAGCGGUUGUACAAAUCCAAUCACUAAGAAUGCCAACCUUCAUUUCCAUGAUGCUGUUGAAGAAGCGAUCAAAGAAGAUUGUGAUGCAUUAAACAGAACCUAAUUUCGAAAAGAAAAUGUCUAUUGAAAGCAAUAAAAUUAUGUAGAAGAAAA